UCCCUUAAAGGUGUGGCGAUUUUGUCAUUUUGUGAAAUUCCCCCACUGACAUCAAUCCAGUCCUCUCACUAAAGUAUAAUACGUUCAUCUUCAACUUCAACAAUGUCUGGUUGGGAAGAAUUGGAAAUGCUGUUGGACUCCCCCUCCUCACUGACUGCGACAUCCAAUGUCAGAGGAACUGUGAAGGAUAAGCCUAAUUUCAAAGUGGAUGAAGAUGUGUCUGCACUAAAGAAGGCUAUGGAGGGCAUUGGUACGACAGAAAAGACACUUAUUGAGGUGUUGACCCAAAGAAGUAAUGCUCAGCGUCAGCUCAUCGCUAAGGCCUAUGAGAAAAAAAACGGAAAGAAACUGAUAGAUGAUCUGGAGGGCGACACCCAAGGAGACUUUGAGGACUUGUUGGUUGCUUUGGUAACGCCAACCGCUGUCUACGACUGCCAGGAAGUCAUCAAAGCCAUCAAGGGAGCAGGGACAACUGAGUGUACGCUGACAGAAAUCUUCGCUUCGAGAUCCAACAAACAGAUCAAGGCCUUGUCUGAAGCAUACCUCGCAGAAACUGGAAAAGCGCUGAUUCAUGAUCUGAAGUCGGAGGUAUCUGGAGAGUACGGCAAGGCACUGCUCAUCUUGGCUGAGGGGAAGAGAGACGAGAGCACCAAUGUGGACGCUGCUAAAGCUAAAGCAGAUGCUAAGGCCCUGUAUGAAGCAGGGGAGAAGAAAUGGGGAACUGAUGAGGAUAAGUUUAUCGACAUCCUGUGCCACAGGAGUGUUCCCCAGCUGCGACAGACUCUGGUAGAGUACAAGAACAUUAGCAAGAAGACUCUGCAGGAGAGCAUUGAGAGCGAGAUGUCUGGAAACAUCGAGGCGCUACUUGUUGCUGUUGUGAAGUGUGUGAAAAACGUUCCUUUAUACAUGGCUGAGACCCUUUUCAAGAGCAUGAAGGGAGCGGGGACCACCGAGUCCACUCUGACCAGGAUUAUAGUGAGCCGCUCUGAGGUGGACCUGAUGGACAUCAGAGCACAGUAUAAGAAGGUGUUUGGAUUGACCCUCUACUCCCAGCUAGAGUCUGAAGUGUCAGGCAGCUAUGGCGACGCCCUCAAGCAUCUCUGUGGCCAAGAUGAGUGACUCCUCCAGACAUCUGUGAUGAGAAACAUGUGGUGCAGAGGGGAAGAACCGCAGCUAAUGACCAGUCCCUGACCCUUCCAAAAGCAUCGCACAUUUUCUUUCUGGAACUAAUCAUCUAGAAAUGCUUUUACAUGUGGAAUUCCAGUAAUUUUCAACCAGACAGCUGACUGGCUUAAGAAGAAGUACGGACAAGAAGAUGCUGAUGAACGUCUUAUAAUAUAUAUAUAUAAUAGUUUGUAUUACAUGUAUAAAACAUAAUCAACAUGUCUUACCAAACAGUUGUUAUUGCAUAUUGUAACUGAAAGUGAACCUAUAAGUUGGAACAAUAAUAACUAAUGUCAUACAUUUCUCAUCAAAGAAAAUAAACAUUUUGUAUUCUA